CAGCCAGUCAUCCAGUCAUCCAGCCACACAGAGCGCACCGGGGGGAGCUGUCAUCUUCAUGGGCCACCGGUCAACGUCUUCCCGCCGCCCCAUGAAGCCGCUGUAGCCGCGGUAGUUCGACGCAGCGGUGCCGGCCAUGGACGCAGCGGAGAGCGGGCUCCUCUCCAGCGGCUCCGACUAAACUCCGUGUUUUGACAGAUCGGCGGCUAAAGCUAUGGAGCUAGCUGGGCAGCAGUAGCGGCGCUUGAUGCGGUGAAGCUCAGCUCGGCGAAACCUUCCCCCCCACCAGGCGGAGACAGUGUGGAAGUUCUGUGAUUUAUUUUUUAUUUUUAUUUAUUUUAUUUUUUUUUUUACACUUGCCGGGCUCCAUUUUAAAAUAACAUUUACAAAAGGGGAAGAGAGGAACGUCAAAGCCAGGCUACAUUGGCAACGGAUGUCCCAGAGAACGGAUGCGUGAGGACAUGUCCACCAUGGUGUGCGUGAAGCAGGAGGAGGAUCCUGGAGAGAAGCUGUCUCAGGAUGAGAUCAUCUCCAGGACCAAGCAGGUGAUCCAGGGGCUGGAGGCCCUGAAGCAGGAGCACCACUCCAUCCUGGAGGGCCUGCUGGGGACGCUGCGGUGCCUGAAGCAGGACGAGGAGGGCGUCCUAGUGGAGGAGAAGUCGCACAUGAUCCGCAAGUCCCUGGAGAUGCUGGAGCUCGGGCUGAGCGAGGCGCAGGUGAUGAUGGCGCUGUCGAGCCACCUGAGCUCGGUGGAGUCGGAGAAGCAGAAGCUCCGGGCUCAGGUCCGCCGGCUGGGCCAGGAGAACCAGUGGCUGAGGGACGAGCUGGCCGGGACCCAGCAGAAGCUGCAGAAGAGCGAGCAGAGCGUCGCCCAGCUGGAGGAGGAGAAGAAGCACCUGGAGUUCAUGAACCAGCUGAAGAAGUACGACGAGGACCUGUCGCCCUCUGAGGAGAAAGAUUCUGACUCCAGCAAAGAGAAUUUAGACGAUCUGUUCCCAGAUGACCAGGAUGACCAGGCUCCAGGCAUCCAACCGGCUCACGGCAGCGCUGCAGCGGCCGCCGCCCAGCAGGGAGGCUACGAGAUCCCAGCUCGCCUGAGGACCCUCCACAACCUGGUGAUCCAGUACGCCUCCCAGGGCAGGUACGAGGUGGCCGUGCCCCUCUGCAAGCAGGCCCUGGAGGACCUGGAGAAGACGUCUGGGCACGACCACCCAGACGUGGCCACCAUGCUCAACAUCCUCGCCCUGGUUUACAGGGAUCAGAACAAAUACAAGGAGGCGGCCAACCUGCUGAAUGAUGCUCUGGCCAUCAGGGAGAAGACUCUCGGUCGGGACCAUCCAGCUGUGGCUGCCACCCUCAACAACUUGGCCGUCCUGUAUGGGAAGAGAGGGAAGUACAAGGAGGCAGAGCCGCUGUGCAAGAGAGCGCUGGAGAUCAGAGAAAAGGUGUUGGGUAAGGACCACCCAGAUGUGGCCAAGCAGCUGAACAACCUGGCUCUGCUGUGCCAGAACCAGGGCAAGUACGAGGAGGUGGAGUACUACUACAUGAGAGCGCUGGAGAUCUACCAGACCAAACUGGGCCCCGACGACCCCAACGUGGCCAAGACCAAGAACAACCUGGCGUCCUGUUACCUGAAGCAGGGCAAGUUCAAGCAGGCCGAGACCCUGUACAAAGAAAUCCUCACCCGCGCUCACGAGAGGGAGUUCGGCUCCGUUGACGAUGAGAACAAGCCGAUUUGGAUGCACGCUGAGGAGAGAGAGGAACAAAGCAAGGGGAAGCAGAAGGACGGUUCACCCUUCGGAGAAUACGGAGGCUGGUACAAAGCCUGCAAAGUGGACAGCCCCACGGUCACCACCACACUGAAGAACCUGGGCGCCCUCUACAGGCGGCAGGGCAAGUUCGAGGCAGCCGAGACCCUGGAGGAAGCCGCGAUGCGUUCCAGAAAGCAGGGUCUGGACAAUGUGCACAAGCAGCGCGUGGCGGAGGUCCUGAGCGAACCGGAGGCCCGCGAGAAGCAGCGGAGCCGCGAGAGCUUGACCUCCGACACGGUGAAGUACGAGAGCGGGCCGGACGGUGGCGAGGAAGUGAGUAUGAGCGUGGAGUGGAACGGGGACGGCUCUGGUGCUCUGAAGAGGAGCGGCUCCUUCAGCAAGCUGCGAGCGUCGAUCCGUCGCAGCAGCGAGAAGCUCGUCCGCAAGCUGAAGGGCGGCAGCUCGACUCGGGACGGCGAGCCCAAAAACCCCGGCAUGAAGCGAGCCAGCUCUCUGGGCGUUCUUAACGUGGCGGACAAGGCUGCCGUCGACCACUACCAAGAACGAAAUAAUCGUCUGAGGAAGAGCCGCGACCUGAGCGCCAGCCACACCGACUUGGCGCGUUGAAGGUCCUCGAGCCCAACUCCGACCGUCCUCGCUGUAAAUAGCUGUUCGCUUCCUAAACUCCACCAAGUGCUCGCUGUACAGGUCUUGAUCUUAAUCUUUGCACUUUCGGAGGUGUUUCAGAGGGUUUUAUUUUAUCAGAACAUAUCGAGGAGUGUGAACGUACGGCGGCCUGCUGGUGGUUUCCGUCCGAUCGUAUGUGCGCGUACUGUAUGUAAAUGUGUGCUGGUGUUCGUUUUUAACUGUUGUUUUUUUUUGUGUUUGUUUUUUGCCGUGCUUGUAUGAAGGCAGACGCAGAGAGGAAGUUUUAGUCUCGCAAACUUUUCUGACGCGGCAGCUACGGAAAAAAACGGCAUGACGUGCAGGAUGUACGGGCAGAACGGUGCUUCCUCUGGAGAUAGACGACACGAUGAGGUCACAGAAACAUCAUCAUUUGCAAGUGACUUCGCAUUAAAAGAACAUCAUGAUGAAGUACAUGUUCAGUUUCUGCCAGUAGAUCCUUUUGAAUCCUGCACACUGGUCCAGUUAGAUUUGGACGCACAAAUACAAGCUAUAAGAACAUUCUGUCAUUUUGUAGUUUUCGCGGACUGUAAACAUCAGUCGUCAAAAUUCCCUUAUCAGCGUCUCAGCUUCACCGUUUUUCUAACUCGAGGUUUAACUCGACCAGCGCCUCUCAGAAAAUGGUUUAAUUGGACUAAAUCUGCCUCCUCUGCACUGAAAAACUGUCCACCAAUGACGUCUUUCUGUAGGCCGACCCGGACGUUAGCUUAGCUUAGCUUAGCUCGGCUCCGCGUUCGCUCUGAAUUUGGUUUCAUUUAGGAAAUACACGGAUGUUUUACAAUGUUUAAAACCCGUCGAGGAGCCUUCGUCUUCGCUGCUUCUGAACCUGUUCCGUCCUCGCGUCGGUUGAAGAUUUUCUGAUGUAUGAAGUUCUGUGUUUACAUUUGGGGUUUUAUAAACGAUGUGUUUCGCGUCUUCGCUGCUCCGGAAAGUUUGUUUUUAUUUUAUUUUUUAUUUUUUUUAAAAUAUAUUUUUCUGUCAGAAGCCUCCAGAGCGGUUCGGUUUAUUGGCACGUGAAGGCGGCCGACUCUUUCUCAGGACCGAGGCUCGCGUUUGUCGCCGCGAAGCUCACGUCACGUUUCCAGACAAAACUUUACCAGGACGGUAGAGUCGAACCAAAAAAAAAAAACCCGAAUUAUUUAACCAGCAACAGGCAAGAGUCUUCGGUAGAGAUUUAAACUGCAAAUAAUAAAUAUAUAUAUUUGCUAUCACCAAAACAAGCAGCGCUCCUUCUGUUAGCUGGAUUUAGUUCAACAGACACUGUAAACCAGAGGUUCACGGCUGGACGUUGUGCAUCACACAGAUCCAAACAUCAGUACUGAAGGAUUUAUCACAAGGAUGUAAAAGUUAAACCGACUGAUGUAAUCUUUGCUUGAAGCUCCUUGAUUGUACGCCCUUUUAACUGAAGCUCACAAGGCACAAGUGCUGCUUUUUAAGGGAAAUAAUGAAUAUUUAGCACAUUUAUUGUCUUAUGCCGGUGACCAGCUUGAACACAAGGAAGGUUAAAGUUCACUUAAAGCCCCUUAAAUUCACACCCAGGAUCAAGUGCCUUCUUAAAAAGCGCCAAGAGCUGGAAUAUUUAUUUUUGUAUGAUUAAAGUUGCAUUUAUUUUACAGUCAGACAGAAAAAAACGACAGUAAAUGUAAGUUUAAGAAGCAGCAAACUAUAUUUUUUGGGCUCCACAGCCACUGCAAGAGACAGUUUCUGCAUUUGUAGAGGCUAGAACUUGUCCUUUUGGGAACUUAGUGAAUAAAAAUGCAAAUAAUUAAAAUGAAAACAACAUGCAAGUGUCUGACAAAAGCAACAGAAAGGGACAAUUCAUAGCAAAAGCCCAAAUAAUGACAUAAAACACUAAUACAUGUGUUUUUCUACUUUUACUAAGAUGCUUUACAGAUAUAAUACAUUUUUAACAAGCAAAACUAAGGACGCCAAAGUACAGUUUCGGUCUAAACAAACUACUUUCUUCUUUUGGCUGAUUUUUUUUUUGUGUUUAAUUAGGAAUUGUCUGAUCAAAUCAAAAUUACAUAUACUGGGCGAAAAAAAGCCACAAAGUUUUUUUUUUUGCACGAGACAUAAAUGCCUUGAAAUAACAUAUAAAAGAAGGAAUUAUAAAAAAAUUAAAAAUAAAUAAAAAUAUCUGAAUUUACAAUUUUUAAUUUCCUUUUUUGACGUUCAUAAUUUUUCUUAAAAUGUAAAAAAUCUGAAUUUUCUUACAUUUAACAAAUUUUAUAAAUCCAAAUUUACCUUAAAUCUGAUUUAAGACAAGAAAUAUAAGAAGGCAAAAUUUUAGAAAAACAAUUAAAAACAUGCAUCAAUACGAUUUUAAAAGAAUAUCAAUAAAAAUCAAAGUAGAAUAAAAAAUAUAAAGAUGUGAACUGAAACGUGGAUUAAGGUGUCGACCGAAACACGUUUUUUUUAGGGCUGAUAAACUCUGAAAAUGAAAAUCUUGGAGUCAAAAUUUAAAAUACGACAAAAUAGAAAGCUUAAUUUAAAUGCCUUAAAAGAGACUUUUAAAACAUUUGUCCUUCAGUGUCGAUGUUUAAGAUGAAUUAAUCAUAAUAUGAGAGCCGAUAUUCACUGAAAUGUACUUUGAUAAAAGACAAACAGAAAUAUCUUUGAUCAUCCAGUUUGUCCAUCAGUUUGUUCACAUGAUAAAUCUCUAAAAGUUUAGUUUAUUGUGCAAUAAGACAAACUCUGUACGUCUUACAGUUAUUAUAUCUAAAUUCAGUAAACAUUUAAUAUUUCCUUCACUUUCUGUUGUCAUUUCCCAAACAGCAACGCCCUGAAAUGUAAAUAUUAAAACUGCAACUCAAAA